AACGGAGGCGGGGCUAAACUUUAACCAGGAAGUUUACCCCGCCGCUGCCUGUUUACACAUGUUUGCACUUUCACGUGUUGGAGAAAUUUCCUGUUAAAAUGUCCUCGAAGAAAAAUAAAAGCAAAUCGAAAAGAGUCGCCGAUGCAGAGAGUUCCCCGGGACUGAAGGACGGCUCAGGCGACUCAUCCAGCCCGCAGACUCCGGGACAGGACGGCGGCGGCUGCAGAAACUCCUUCGCUGUCAUCGAUUUCAUUGAGAAAGCUGAUGACCGUACACCAAGGAGCUGCAGGUCGUCUCUCGCCCAGCUGAGCCUCGCCUCCAUGAAGGCGGCCGGCGUUUGUAUCGGACGUCCGGCUCUGCUGACGAGCGCCGCCGGACAGCAGGAGGUGUGUCUGGGCUGGCCUGUCGCCUCCUUCCCUGGUGGGCGGGUCGGCCUUCAGAAGUGUGUGCAGAGCAACCUGCGAGUGAAGGCGGGGGAGCCGGUGCUGCUGCAGCCGCUCACGGGCCCCGUGCUCCAGGCCGAGGAGCUGCUGCUCUCCUGCAGGCAAAAAGAUGACACAGUAGAAACAGAAGAGUUCAAGAAUUUCCUCCUGCGGUCUUUGGAUGGGAACGUCGUUCUGCCCGGGAACGUCCUCUCCUUGACGUACUUCGGCCGGGCCUGCAGUCUGCGGGUCGAGGCCGUGCGAGGGGAGGACGGCGUCACCCUCCAGAGGUCGGCUCCGCCCGCCGGCCCCGACCCCGACCCGGAGGAGUCCUCCCUGACGAGCUCGGCGCUGGGCUCCACGUCAGCCGACCUCUCCCUGCAGCUUAGCCUGCUCACCGUCGACGACAACAACGAUGACGACGGUAACAAGGACGGCGGCGGCGGGGUCCCAGGCACGCCCGGAGAGCCCGGUCCUGCGGCCAGCACCCCGCUCAGACCGGCCCGGGCUCCUUCCCCCUCUCCCCCCUCUGCUCCCCCGACUCCCUCCUGCGACUCCCAGAAUCCUCCUGCAGGUUUGGAGGAGAACGCCGUCAGCCCGGAGCAGACAGAGAGACUCCCCACAGCUCCCCCUGCUGGCGCCCUGAGCACCGACACCUUCUACUGUCUGUCCUGCUCCACCAGAGUCACUUUCACAGACAGACAGCGAGCCGGGCGAGAAGACCCGGAGGAGGCCGAGGCCAGAAGGUCAAAGGUCACGUACAGUAUGAUCGGCGGGCUCGGCAGCCAGCUGGACGUCAUCAGAGAGACGAUCGAGCUUCCGCUGAAACACCCCGAACUCUUCUCCAGCUACGGGAUCCCGCCGCCGCGAGGAGUGCUGCUGUACGGCCCCCCGGGCACAGGGAAGACUAUGAUUGGACGAGCCAUAGCCAAUGAGGUCGGAGCUCACAUGACGGUGAUCAACGGCCCUGAGAUCAUGAGCAAAUUUUACGGUGAAACAGAAGCGCGGCUGAGGCAGAUAUUUGCUGACGCAUCUCAGAGGCGGCCUGCGAUCAUCUUCAUCGACGAGCUGGACGCCCUGUGUCCCAGACGAGAGGCGGCGCAGAACGAGGUGGAGAAGCGAGUCGUCGCCUCCCUCCUGACGCUCAUGGACGGGAUCGGAUCAGAGGGCCAUUCGGGGCAGCUGUUGGUCCUGGGGGCCACAAACCGGCCGCACGCCCUGGACCCCGCCCUGCGCCGGCCGGGGCGCUUUGACAAGGAGCUGGAGGUCGGAGUGCCCGGUGCCGCCGAGCGGGCCGACAUCCUGCAGAAGCAGCUGAGCUCGGUGCCGUGCAGCGCCGCCGCCGAGGAAGUGACCCAGCUGGCCGACGCCGCCCACGGAUACGUAGGAGCCGACCUCGCCGCCGUUUGUAAAGAGGCAGGUUUGCACGCUCUGAGGCGAGCUCUGGGAGGCGGCGGCAGACCGUCCGACCAGCAGCUGAUGGGCCGGGUGACCGUCACUCUGCAGGACCUCCAGUGGGCGAUGUCUGUGGUGAAGCCCAGCGCCAUGAGGGAAGUCGCCAUCGAUGUCCCAAAGGUCCGCUGGUCCGACGUGGGCGGCAUGGAGGAGGUGAAGCUGAAACUGAAGCAGGCCGUGGAGUGGCCCCUGAGGCACCCCGAGGCCUUCACCCGCAUGGGCAUCCAGCCGCCGAAAGGAGUCCUGCUCUACGGGCCGCCCGGCUGCUCCAAGACCAUGAUAGCCAAGGCCCUGGCUAACGAAAGUGGGCUCAACUUCCUGGCAGUCAAAGGGCCGGAACUGUUGAGCAAGUACGUCGGAGAGUCGGAAAGAGCCGUGAGAGAAGUGUUUAGAAAGGCGAGGGCCGUGGCUCCCUCCAUAGUCUUCUUCGACGAGAUCGACGCCCUCGCCGGGGAAAGAGGAAGCUCCUCGGGCUCCGGCGGCGUCGGCGACCGGGUGCUGGCUCAGCUCCUGACAGAGAUGGACGGCAUCGAGCAGCUCCGAGACGUCACCGUGCUCGCCGCCACCAACCGGCCCGACAUGAUCGACAAGGCUCUGAUGCGUCCAGGUCGCCUCGACCGGAUCGUCUACGUGCCUCUCCCGGAUGCUCCGACGCGACGGGAGAUAUUUUCCCUUCAGUUUCGCAACAUGCCCGUGGCCAAAGACGUGUGUGUGGACGACCUCGUGACUCGGACCGACAAGUACUCUGGGGCAGAGAUAACGGCAGUAUGCAGAGAGGCCGCCCUCCUGGCCCUGCAGGAGGACAUCAAAGCCGAGCACAUCGCGUCCAGACACUUUGAAAGCGCCCUGAACGCCGUGAAGCCCCGAGUGCCGGACUCUCUCAUCCAGUCGUACGUCAGCUACCAGCAGCGGCACAGCGGUUUCUCCUUCUUCUGACCGCUCUGCUGUGGAAAAAAACUGACCAGGAGACAUUAACACCCAUGCCUUUUUUUUUUUAUGUUUCCCAAGAUCAAAUCAUUUUAGGAAUACAGUUUUGGAUUCGGAUAGGGCAUUAUCAUCAGGCCUUGUUCAUAACAUGAGGAACCAACACCGGCCACCAGCCAAACACUGCUAAAUUUAGUGUUAGGUUUCUGAAGUCCGCAGUUAACCAACCUUUUGUUUGAAGAUUGUGUUUGAUGGCUGAUAGAACAAAAGUGGUCAUGAAUUUUUCAGUCCGCGGGCCGUGGCGCCAGGUAGAUGAAAAGGUCCGUUUUCCCCGCCUGCUUGUUGAAAUGUUGGCUGCGCUGCUGAUACGUUUCAAAGAGACGGUUUAUUUUGACAGCUCAGCGGGCCAGUAAAUAUUUUUAUUUUCUGGCUCUGGAGUAUGAACUGAAAUGUCAGGUUUGUUCAUGUAAAAAUAUGGAUAAUAAUAAUGUAAUAAAGACAUUAUUUAUUCAUGUA